AUGAUUACUGCUACAGAAUUAAUAAACUUCACUGAACAGCAAUCAUACGGUGUUCGUAUGAAUGACUUCAACAAUGGCAACAAUGGUUCUUUGGAAGCACUGCAAAUACCGAAGCCAUUCGAGAACUCUUAUAAUCCUUCUUGUAUAAAAAGCCAUGUGAAAACUGUGGAUCGUGCAUUCUUCCGCCGAUUUCCGAUCCUCUAUCACAUAGAUAUGAAUUUAUCUUUCGCUCUAACGUGCAUGAUGGCAGCUAUCUGGUUGUUCUGUGGAAAUUGUGAAACAACUUCAGAACUCGUUCGUAAUGUACACCGGAGAUUCCGCAGCCGUCCCCUACUGCGAGGGUAUACCGUAGAAAAUCUCCUUGGCGAAGACGACGAUUUUUUAGACAUAAAUAAGCGACAACAAUUCGACGAUUAUGGCCACAUGAGAUUCGGGAAACGGGAACACUUCGACGAUUAUGGUCAUAUGCGAUUUGGUAGGAAUCACGAAUAA